AUGAUUAUCUUGCCGCAAGUGACUGCCCCGGUAGAGCCCAUAUCUCUGGCGAGUCAUGCCUUCUUACCGGGAGACUCACCCACGAUUCCACACGCAGCUUUUGUCAAGAACAUAUCACGCGAUCGUGCCUUGGCUAGCUCAGGCCCAGACAAGCCCAAGGAGAGGGUUUUCAUCUUCGAUAAGGCUAUCCCGGAGUUGGGCUCGGGGAUCUCAGCACGUAUUCAUGUCUGCGCAGCUUUGGCUAUCCUCCUGGCUUCGCACGGAUGUGCAGCCCAGCUGAGCGUAACCGCUCCCAUGUCCGGAGAGCCUCUCGAUUCUAUCCACUUGCCUGUCACCUGGAGCUCACAUCUGGGGAUCCUACUUGAUGAAGUCCAAAACAAGCUUGCGGAUUGUUCUACAAAGACAGCCAACAAGGAACAAGAGCACGAGAUGACUUGUCUGGUCACCAUCACUCGAGGACAGCCUUUCGGUGGGAGAAUUCUGCUCCAAUGUCACUUGAAAGAGCAGAGAGUUUGCAUCAAUACUGUCGGUCACCACAGGCCAGGAGAUAAGGCCAUUUGCAUCCAGCUUAUGAGACAAUACGAGUCUCUUCUCCGCCAAGUUUGCCUACCGGGAAGCAUUGCAAGGCCCCUCGUGGACCUCAAAGUCAUCUCCAUCCAAGACCUCAAGCAGAUAUGGACAUGGAACGCCCACCUUCCGCCGAGCAUUGAUGUCUGCAUCCACGAAACCUUUAUGAAACGAGCACGGCAGCAUCCUAGGCUCAUGGCUGUCGCAGCUCACGACGGCGGCCUGACAUACGACGAGUUGGAUGACCUCUCCACCCGUCUCGCUCAGCUGCUCAUUCAGGACGGCAUCCAGCCCAACAGCACCGUCUUGAUUCUCAUUGAAAAGUCCCGAUGGGUCCCCGUGGCCCAACUGGCGGUCAUGAAAAGUGGGUGCGCUUCGACAGUGCUCGAUGCCUGCCUCCCCUCCCAGCGGCACCACUCCAUUGCCCAGCUGGCCCAACCCUCUGCCAUCUUGACCUCACCCGCUUGCGAAGAAAAGGCCAAUGCGUUGGCCGUGGGCUGCCCUCGGAUUGUUCUGCACGAAAGCUCGAGCCAACAUUGGCCUAACGCUCAGCCGGAGACCCUCCCUACUGUCAGCCCUUCCGCAUGGCUGUACAUCGUUUUCACCUCCGGGAGUACCGGUACGCCCAAGGGCGCCAUUAUAAGCCAUGCCAACUAUGCCAGUGCGGUUGCCCACCAGCAAAAGCGGCUUGAUUUCCGAGAGUUUGAUCGUGUAUUUGACUUUGCAUCGUAUGCCUUUGAUGCGGCCUGGUGUAACAUGAUCCAUGCAUUGAUGAUUGGAGGGUGCCUGUGCAUUCCAUCCGAGGACGAACGCAAGGCCGACGUGGCUGCAGCGCUUCGCAAGUACGAAGUCAACUACGCCGUCCUGACGCCCUCGGUGGCAUGGUUCAGCGCCGCAGAGCUCCCGGACAGUCUCCGAACAUUUCACUUCGGCGGAGAGCCGCUGAAAGUCGCCCUGGUUAGAGAACUGUCGACGCGAUCAGCCAUCAUCAACGCCUACGGCCCUGCCGAAUGUUCUACCGUUAGCACGGCCAUUCUCGCCGACCCGAACGACCCGAACGACCCAACAAUCGGCACGGGGCUCGGUGCCUGUACCUGGGUCGUGAAGGCAGAUGGAACCGAUCUAGUGCCUGUUGGAGAGAUAGGGGAGUUGUGGUUGGAAGGUCCCAUUGUCGGCCAGGGUUAUAUGGGCAGCCCGGAGAAGACUACAGCGGCGUUUGUCGAUAGCCCACCAUGGCUCCUCCGGGGCUGUCUCAAUCUCCCCGGCGUGAAAGGGCACACCGGCCGCCGUGGGCGUCUCUACCGCACCGGUGACCUUGUUCGAUACAGGAAAGACGGCAACCUCGAGUUUGUCGGCCGCAAAGACUCUCAGGUGAAAAUCCGUGGUCAACGUGUAGAGCUGGGCGAGAUCGAAUACCACCUGCAGCGUGCUUUACCUGAGGAGGCAAAAGCCGAGAAUGUUCAGAUCAUUGCGGAAGUAAUCAAGCCGGAUGGGAGCAACGUGCCAACACUUGUCUCUUUUGCUUUCCUACACGCCAGCUCAAGAGCGUCGUCGUCAUCUGAUGCGGACUCCAUCCUCCACGGUUCUCUCAGGGGCAUCGAGGACAGGCUCUCUACCGCGGUGCCCCCCUAUAUGAUCCCCUCGGCCUUUUUAAUCAUUGAAAAAGUGCCCAUGACGCCUACAGGCAAGGUCGACCGUCGACGCGUCCGUGAAGAUGGUGCGAAGCUGUACUGGCAACAGCUGGAUUCCCAACCCCAGCCGAAACUGACAGAAGUGUCCGAAAUGGAGGGAAAGCUUCGCGAGAUCUGGAGCGAGAUACUGAACCUGCCCGUUGCGAAGAUUGACCUGAAUGCGAACUUUACACGUCUCGGGGGCGACUCCAUUACAGCCAUGCAGAUCGCUUCGCGCUGCCGCUCACAGAAUGUUUCUAUCAAAGUCGCCGAUGUCUUGAGGCUCCAGACUAUCCGACAGCUUGCUCAGGCGAGUAAAUUCAUCAGCGAAAAGGUGACCAGGCACAAUAUUGCAGUGCAUGACGGCAAGCCCUGGCCUUUGACGCCUAUUCAAGAGAUCUUCUUUGCCAAUAACCCGAACGGGGUGAACCACUACACCCUCAGCUACAUCGUCAAGCUGACUAGAUACACCACACAUCGAGAGUUACUUGACGCGCUGUUAGCCAUCACCACUCGCCAUGGCAUGCUCCGUGCCCGCUUUCGCAAGGUCGCUGACGGAUCGACAUGGGAACAAUAUACUGCGCCCCCAGGACCCAGUGAGUUCCUCCUCCAAGAGCAUGCCUUUGUGACCCGCUCAGCCAUGCAACUUGUCGUCAACGAGCGACAAGCCAGUCUGGACCUUGUCAAUGGCCCCGUCUUUGCGGUGGAUGUUUUUAAUGCGCCUAAUGAGGCACAGACACUCCUGAUGAGCGCACACCAUGUCGUAAUGGACCUCGUUUCCUGGCGAAUUGUUUGGCAUGAGUUAGGCCAGUACCUCUCAGGCACAACGGACAUGCCAGCGCCUGCAUUGUCCUUCCGACAAUGGUGCAGCCUGCAGCAAAGGGAAGGCGAAAACCUCGAUCCAGCUGCGAUUCUGCCCUUUAACCUCCCCGCUCCCGACUUCGACUACUGGUGUUUAAGGCCGGGCGAGCAGUACUUCAGGGACUCGUCCUUGGAUGUCUCCAUUAUUGACGCCGAAGCAACUGCACUGCUUCUUGGCCCAAGUAAUGAUGCAUUACGAACAGAGAUCCUCGAUAUCCUCGUGGGGACGCUCGUUUUCUCCUUUUCUCAGAUAUUUCCGGAUCGUCGCCCACCUACGGUGUUCCUUGAAGGCCAUGGACGAGAGCCCGUCGCCGAAAUGGAUAGCUUAGAUCUGUCGGAGAUAGUAGGCUGGUUUACAUCGAUCUACCCGGUUGACCUUGGAAAGAGAUCGGGCAACGUGUAUGAUCUCAUCAGGCUUGCCAAAGAUGUCCGCCGCAAAGUGCCUGGUAAGGGUCGGCCUUACUUUGCCUGUCGCUUCUAUAGUGCCAAGGGGAGGAAAGCUUUCGAAGCACACAAGAAUGUCGAGCUGAUCUUCAACUAUCGAGGUUCGUUUCAGCAGCUGGAAGAUGCCAGGUCGAUGUUCAAGAUUGAGGACAGAAAGGAGCGUGACGUGUCAAUCCCAGGUGACGGUCCUGACUACCUGCGACCAUCGCUCGUGGACAUGAAUCUAGUUGUCCAGGAGGGUAAGCUACAAGUGUGGACGAGAUUCCAUCGGCGCAUGCGGAAUCAGGAAGCAGUCGUUCGCUGGGUGAACCUCUACGCCACGAGUCUCAGCAGUGCCGCGCAUGAACUCGCGAGCCUGCCUGCCAGCUUUACACUCGCCGAUUUUCCGUUGUUAGAUAUCUCGUACUCUGGCCUCCGGAGCCUCCUCGCCGAGCAGCUUGCAAGCAAUGGGAUCGAAGAAAGUGCCCUGCGAGAUGUCUAUCCAUGCACGCCCGUCCAAGAGGGUAUCCUAAUGAGCCGCAGCAUUGGGGCAGCCUCUUAUCACAGUGCCUCCGUCUGCCAGGCAUUGUCGAACAGUUCUUCAGUAAGUGCGUUACGACUCGCAUCAGCUUGGGAUACAGUGGCGCGUAUGCAUCCAGUUUUCUCUACGGUUUUCGCGACCCAUCCCGAGACCGGUCGAUUUGUACAGGUCGUGCUGAAGCAACAUAACAAGGCCUCUAUUUACCACACUUCCGAUGCUGUCGACAGUUUACGACAGAUGCCGAGCACUACAGGUUCAUCUUCGCAGCCUGAGGCUUUCUUCACAAUAUGUGAGGAUGGCAAAGGUGAUGUUGCAUGUCGGCUUGAUAUGACCCAUGCGCUUAUGGAUGCCCUGUCCCUGCCCGUCAUAGUACGAGACCUCGAGCAGGCAUAUUUCAGCCAGGCUAUGACACCGCGCACACCAUUCCGAGACUAUAUUGAGCACCUCCAACGCACACCAGCCUCGGACCGACUACACUACUGGAGAAAAUACCUUGCGAACGUCGAGCCCUGCCUGAUGCCGGGUGAUAUGCCAUCGAAGCAUCCAACGUCCGAGUACAAUCAGCAGUAUGCAUGGGUUACCCUCCCGGCUCCUGCGACAGCUUCGAUUGCCGAGAUAUGUCGAGAGAAGGGACUGACUCGUUCUGCAUUUCUCCAUAUGGCCUGGUCGCUCGUGCUCGCGUAUUUCACGGGGAAGCGCCAGGUCUGCUUUGGCUAUGUUUCGGCGGGUCGUGACUAUCCGAUUGACGGUAUCGAGGAGAUUGUUGGACCACUCAUCAAUAUGCUUGUUGCACGAGUUGAUCUAGACCAGUCGCUGGAUACGACCAUGGAAAGCAUUAACAAUUACCAUAUCGAGCAUCUCGAGAACCAGCACGUCUCCCUCGCAGACCUUCAACACGAUGCAUCCGCCAAGCAGUUGUUCAACACAACCAUAACCGUGCGGGAAGCCCGCCGCAAGUCCACUGGGAUUGAUGGGGAUAUGCAGCUUGUCGAAUUACUAGAGGAGGACCGCCACGAGUAUGAUCUUGUCUUGGCCGCCACCAUCGACAAUGCCGACACAGAAGUGAGCAUUCAAUAUCGCACGGACUUUAUGAGCUUGGAGAAUGCGCGAGAAGCCCAAGACGUUUUGCAAAGUGCCAUUGAAUUUUUCGGCUCAAAGCAGGGUCGUUAUGGCCAAUUUGGCGCCGCAGCCCUCUCUGGUUCAUUGUAUGAUGCGUACUUCAAUAGCACAUUCGGCAUCGAUGAACGCUCCGCUCUUGAGGAGUGGAAUUCGCAUCUCAACGGUAUUGAAGCUAGUGCCAAUUUCCCCUCAGACCCUAAGCCGUCGCACAAAGCGAGUGCCACUUGCUCAACAUCAUACGAGAUUAACGAUUUGGAAUGGUGCCAUGACUUUGAUAUGGCAACGCAAGUUCUCGCAUCAUGGGCCAUCUUACAAGUGUGCCACACAAACUCAACCGACGCUUUGCUCGGUGUCUCUUCUUUGCCUGCUGCCUAUGAAGAUAUGCACACCAGAGGGCCCAAGCCGAUGCGGAUCAAGGUUGCCCUUGAUCAAACCCUUUCCUGGUACCUUGACUCCGUGCAGUCAUCUCUUAAAACAUGGUCAAAAAUACCACAGCUUUCUACGCAUAGGUUGCGGAAUCUUAGCAUGGCGUCGACGCUUGCAUGCAAUUUUCAGACUGUGUUGAGCGUACACGAAACUCCCGUGAGCAUUGACGGCCUGGUGCCAAAUGUCCACAUUCCUGAAACCCGGGGCCUUUCUAUUCGUAUGAUUCUCCAUGGCUCUAAGUGCCAGCUCGCCGCGCAAUUUCAGGACCGGGACUUGACUACCGAGGAAGUGACGCGACUCUUUUCGCGGUUCGAGACCGUGCUCCGCCAGGUUAUCUCACCAGUCAACUAUACCUCGGCCCUGACGGCCAUUGAUGUCGUUAGUGAGGAAGAACGCAGAACAAUCUCAUCCUGGAAUCAAACGAGUUAUGAAAGUGUGCAAGCUCUAGUCCACGCGAUAAUCUCCCAAAGAGCUCGAGAGCAACCAGACGCCCCUGCUAUAUCUGCUUGGGAUGGAGACGUCACAUACCGCCAGCUGGAUCAGCUAUCAGAUCGUUUGGCAUACCAGUUGGUUGAGAUUGGCAUCGGGCCGGAUGUCAUUGUGCCUCUCUACUUCGAGAAGUCUAUAUGGAUGCCAGUCUCCGUAGUGGCGGUGAUGAAAGCUGGCGGCGCAGGUGUGAUGCUUGACAGCACACAACCGAUCGAGCGGACUCGCAGUAUAGUCAGCCAAGUGAACGCGAAGAUUAUUCUCGUCUCGAGAGAAAAUGCACACUACGCGACCCAGUUCGAAGGGGUCAAACAUCUCGUUGUGGAUCGGACAUCUGUAGACGCCUUACGGGACUUGGACGCAACCAUUCCUCUACAAAACGCAGUUCAGCCGUCGAACAUCCUCUACGUCUCCUUUUCGUCAGGUAGCACCGGGAAGCCAAAGGGUGCUUUGAUCUCGCAUUCAUGCUUUGCAUCCGCUAUCCGGCACCAACAAGCAUCUCAUGGCUUCAGUCCUGGUCAGAGAGUCUUCGACUUUGCUUCCUACGCGUUCGACGUUAGCUGGUCCAACAUGUUGCACUCGCUUACCUCGGGCAGCUGUCUGUGUAUACCUUCAGAGUAUCAAAGACGCAAUAAACUGCAGGACUCUCUUCGGGAGAGCAAGGCUACUUUGCUCGAUGCAACGCCUUCAGUCCUGCGCCAUCUCAACCCUGAUGACCUUCACGACCUGGGGCAUGUCAUUAUGAGCGGAGAGCCUUGGUCCGAAGAGGACUUUGGGAAUUGGAUCGAUACAAAGAACGUGAUGAACAGCUACGGGCCACAGGAGUGUACCGUGAAGGCCACCCUUGUUCGCGUAGUACGGGGCAUGACGCCGAACUCCAUUGGCGUGGGGUUAGGGCUAAGAACCUGGGUGGUGAGGGCUGACGGCAGCAACCUCCUUGCGCCAAUAGGCUCUGUUGGCGAGCUUUGGCUUGAAGGGCCGCAGGUGGCUCGUGGGUACAUUGCGGAUGAGGCAAGGAGCGCCGCUUCGUUCGUGACGAGGCCAAGGUGGACGCAGCCUAGUGGCCAGCCAUGCAGGUUCUACCGGACUGGGGAUCUCGUUCACUACGAGCCCAGCGGGGGCUUGGUCUUUGUCGGCCGCAGGGACUCACAGGUUAAGAUCCGCGGGCAGCGCACGGAGCUUGGAGAAGUCGAGUACCACGUCCAGAAAGCGCUUCUUGCGGCCGACCUUCUUCGCGCUCAAGUCGUCGCCGAAGUGAUCAAGCCCCGGAAAAGUGACAAUGCAGUUUUAGUCGCCUUCCUGAAACUGGACAGCGACGGGGGCGAAUCGUGGCACAGACUUGCUGGCAUCAAUGAACGGCUCGCAACGCUGAUCCCGGAGUAUAUGGUUCCGAUGGCCUACAUCUCGAUUGACGAGUUUCCUAUGACUGCUACCGGGAAGAUACACCGCAUGUGUCUUCGCGAGACUUACGCCGAGAAAACGUUAGAGCAGCUGGUUGCACUGGACUUACUCCAUACAUCUUACCAUCGAGCUCCGACCAGUGCCUCCGAAAAGCUCCUGCAGGAGCUGUGGGUCGAGAUUUUGGGCAUUGGUCCAGAAGCCAUAUCAUCCGAAGAUAGCUUUCUCCGAAUUGGGGGUGAUUCAAUAGGAGCAAUGCGGCUUGUCAGCGCGCUACGAACACGAGGCUUCGCUCUUACUUUUGCUGAUAUCUUCCAGCAGCCGAAGCUCAGUGCUCUUGCGAAGCUCCUUAAACUGGAAGAAUAUUCCCAAGAGACUAAUGACUCCUCGCUGAAGCCUUUCUCGCUACUCGAAGGGAAACUCGCACGAGACGAAGCUACAGAACAAGCUGCACGUCUCUGUAGCUUAGAGCCUGCAGCUAUCGAGGACAUUUUUCCAUGUACCCCUUUACAAGCUGGGCUUCUGGCCGAGACUGUGCGACGCCCCGGGAGCAAUGUUCUCACAGAGACACGGAUGCUCAAGAAGGAUAUUGACCCGUGCCGUCUUCGUUCCGCAUGGCAGAUGGUGAUGCAGGCUCACCCUAUCCUACGAACCAGAAUCGUCGAUAUGGGUAAGCAAGGCCUUGUCCAGGUUAUUGUCCGCUCUGGGUAUGGAUCCCAGGACAUUGGGAACGCUGUAUUGGGGGCAGAAGUUGGCCUUGGAACUCCUCUUCUCUUGUAUGAGAUCUCCGAGACCUGCUUCUCAUGGACUAUCCAUCACGCGCUUUACGAUGGAUGGUCAAUGCGACUUCUGCUUAACGCCCUUUUCGAGUGCUACGAGUCCGGAGCCAUUUCUAAUGCUCCUCCCUUUCAGGCUUUCAUCCAAUACAAUGACUGUCGCAGCCAGCAGGCGGAGGUUGAAGGUUUCUGGAAGGCACAGUUCGCGGGCUUCGGUGCACAAACAUUUCCCGUCCUUCCUUCAAAGACCUACAGGCCAAGAUGCGAUGAGCAUUUAGAGCUUGAAAUCAAGGACAUUUCUCCCGAUGGAGAUUACACGACACCAACCAGGAUUAGGGCCGCAUGGGCAAUACUCCUCUCGGCAAUCACAAACUCUUCGGGUGCCUCCUUCGGUGCAACCGUGUCGGGUAGACAAGCAGAUGUCUAUGGUAUACAAAAUAUGACCGGACCUACCAUGGCCACUGUGCCUUUGAGAGUGACUACCGAACGCACCAAAACAGUCGACGACCUGCUUCAGCAAGUGCAGUUGCAAGCGGUCGAGAUGAUGCCUUUCGAGCAAGUUGGCAUCCAACGGAUUCGGCGUCUCAGCGAAGAUUGUAAUCUUGGCUGCCAGUUCGGGUCUCAUAUGGUCAUUCAGCACGGAAGCCAGAAAGAUGUGAAGGAUCGACUGUUUGAACCAGCUGCUGUGGCCACGGGGAGUGGUCCAAGUCCCUUCAAGCUCUACGCUAUCUGUCUCGAAUUCGUGCUUGAACCGAGCAGCAUCCGUCUCCAGGCCAGUUUUGACUCUGCUGUCAUGCCUCCGACCUACUUCUCCCGGCUUAUGGCUCGAUUCGAGAAUGUGAUGAGACAGCUUUCCUCGCCAGAGGCCCUGAGGUUGCCACUUGCCCUCCUCGAUACAAGCAGCUCGAAAGAUCGACAGCAGAUAUGGAGCUGGAACGACAUCAAUCUAGAGGAAUCGCGCGAAACAAUCCACGAAAUCUUCGGCACGGUAGCUGCAAGGAAGCCUGGGGCACCAGCAGUGUGCUCAUGGGACGGCGACUUUACGUAUUCCCAGGUGGAUGGUUUGUCUACUCGAAUCGCCCAUGAACUGCUCCGGGCUGGUCUGCCGCAGAGUGGCCAGCGCAUCGUACCAUUGAUCUUUGAAAAAUCAAAAUGGACAUCUGUCUGUCAGUUUGCGGUCAUGAAGGCUAAUGGCACCUCUCUCGCGCUUGACGUGACACUUCCCGAUGGCCGUUUGACGACGGUUCUGAAGUUGGCUGAGCCCCAGAUUGUUCUCGUUUCUGCUGCCGAAGAAUCUCGAGCCCAACAACUGGCUCCUUCGACAGCUCGAAUCAUUGUCGUGAGUGACGCUGAUAACCCUCGUCUGCAGCUUCUUCCCCGAGGCUUGAGUCUCCCGGUGGUCAGCCCCGACACUACACUUUAUGUAGUCUUCACAUCUGGUUCGACAGGAGUCCCAAAAGGUGUCAUCAUCAGCCAUUCCAACUUCGCCAGCGCGCUCAAGCACGGACAGGCUGCGCUCCAGUUUGGCCCUCACACGCGUGCAUAUGACUUCGUGUCCUACAGUUUUGAUGUCUCGUGGCUUAAUGUGCUAUACACACUUUGCGCUGGGGGCUGCCUGUGCGUGCCUUCUCAGUACGAGAUCAAGAAUGAACCGAAGGAGGCAAUUUCUCGCCGGCGUGCAAACACCGCAUUUAUAACCCCUACGGUUGGCAAGCUUUUGCAUGGCGCCGAAUUGAAGGUUAUCAACUAUGGUGGCGAGAACCUUCCUCGCGACGAGAUCGAUUAUUGGAAGGAACGCGCCACGAUUAUACACUCGUACGGCCCAUCGGAAUGCACGCCCAUCUCAGUCUCUCACCUGCUCGAUUCGGCACGCAGCCGGGUAAUCAUUGGGAAAGGGCUCGGCUCGCGAACGUGGGUUGUUGAGCCUGAGCAUGGCAGGUCCUUAGCGGCCAUUGGCGAUGUCGGUGAACUUUGGCUGGAAGGGCCCAUUGUCGGCCAGGGAUACAUGAAUAAUGCGGAGAAAACAGGGGCAUCCUUCUUCCACAAUCCCGAAUGGCUCAUGCAAGGAGCCCCGGGCUUUUCCGGCCGCCCUGGACGCCUGUACCGCACGGGUGAUUUGGUCCGGUAUGAAGAAGACGGCAAUUUGGAGUUCAUUGGGCGCAAAGACGCACAGAUCAAGAUCCGUGGGCAGCGGGUGGAGCUUGAGGAGAUUGAACAUCAUGUCCUCGCUGCAAUUGAAGAUGGUGUUGCUGCCCAGGUCAUCGUGGAUAUUGUCACACCCGCUGGAUCAUCCGAACCUGCGUUGAUCGCCUUCAUCCAGCUCACAACCCAAAAGAUAGCUGCUGGCACGCCGGAAGCACAAACACGCGCACGCGAACUUGCAGCCUCCUGUAAACAACUCCUAUCCACCGCCAUGCCAAGUUACAUGAUUCCGAAUGCCUAUCUCAUCGUGGACAGCAUUCCUGCUACGACCUCGGGAAAGGUCGACCGUGGCAAGCUGCGACAAACAGCCAGGUCAAUCUCGAGGGAAGAGCUUUUUAAGGGACACAAGGUUGACAGGCGAGCCCCUAUCACUGUGGAAGAAGCCAAGCUCCACGGUCUCAUUGUGCAGGUGCUCUCUUGGGACGAGGAGGCCUUUGGGAUGGACGAUAACUUCAUCCAACUAGGCGGAGACUCAAUCAGCGCUAUGAGAUUGGCUGCGCUGGCCCGCGAAGAAGGCCUUGCCUUGACGGUCAAGGAUAUCCUGAUGCAAGACCGUAUCUCUGACCUGUUAACCCCGAACCAGGGGUUAGAGCCUGGCGCUGAGCCUGUGGCCGAAUGCUCGCGCUUCUCUUUGGUCCCGGCCGCGGAUUCCAGCACUUUCGUUGAGAAAGACUUGCUGCCACAGAUUGCACAGCGUGGUCAAGGUCGCGUUAUUGAUGUUUUGCCGGUAACAGAUCUGCAAGCGACCUACCUCCACGACAACACUUGCGAACCCCGACGGUCCUGGUUCUACAGUUAUAUUGACUUUUCCGAAGUGGAUGAGAAACGCCUCGCGGGGAGCUGCGAGCAGUUAGUUGCGCAUUGCGAGAUCUAUCGCACUGCAUUUGUCGAGUUUUCUGGUUCGUACUUGCAAGUUAUUUUCGAGUCGUGGAAGCCCACCAUCGACAUAGUCGACGGCGUCCAAUGCAUCGAGGAGACAUUCCAUCGGGUCGUGGACGACGGCGUCAAGUCACCCGCAUCUCUGAAUGAACCUCUGGUACAUUUCAGCAUCAUUCGACGUCAUGAUGCACACGCGAGACUCGCCUUCGGCAUGUCCCAUGCCAUCUACGACGCCAUCAGCUUUGGCAAGACUCUUGAUAUCUUGUCUAUGAUUUACAACGGCACUCCCCGGCCGAACAUCCAGAGCUCCAGCCAGUACCUCGGCCAUAUUCAGCAAUCCAAGACAGACAGUUAUCCAUACUGGCAGAGAACUCUUCGGGGUUCCUCCAUCACCCGGAUAGCAGGCACGUCGGCUGCCGGGCCGCUUCAGGAUGGUCCGCCCACUAUAUAUGCAUGCACGAUUCCCAUGCCCACCGCUCCCUUCGGUAUCACACAUGCUACCCUUACCACCCUGGCUUGUGCGUCGGCCCUUCGCCAGAUAACGGGCUCCCCGGACGUUGUCCUCGGCCGCGUUGUAUCCGGCCGCGCUGGGGUCCCCGCCGCUCUACGCGACGCCGUGUUCCCAUGUCUCAACCGCGUACCGGUCCGCGUCCAAUUCACCGCAGACCAAAACCGAACAGAACAGUUGGCAAUCCUCCAGCGACAGCAAGCGGAGAGCUUAGCACACGAGACAGUUGGACUCUGCGAUAUUGUGGCGCAUUGCACGGACUGGGCGCGCGACACAAGGGACUUUGGCUGUUUGGUGCAGUAUCAGAAUGUAGACGAGCAGCCUGUCCUUGACAUCCCCGGUGCGAUUGGCCGGCUGGGGAGUAAGGAGAUGUGGGAUAUCGUCCCUCUCGCGGCGGACUUCUUGCAGCUUUUUGCUAUCCCUGGUGCUGACGGCACGCUUACUGUUCGGGUUAUCGGGGGCUCUAAGUAUGAGGAUGGUAUCAUGUCCAGGGUGCUUGAGAUGGUUUGCGCCGAGCUGGUGACUUGA